AUGACGGCCACCAGACCGUGCUUCGAUGAAAUGCAUGGAUUAGGCCCAACGCUCUCAGGGCCCGAGCUGUUCAUGCCAAACAACAAUGGGCAACCAGAAUUCGAAGCCUGCCUCCCCUACUUUAUGUCACUAGGGCCCGAGCUGGCCUGGUCAUCUCAAUAUCUCGCCGGUGGCAAUUUGGACUACCACACAAACUCGGACGGCAAUCAAGGAGCUGGAAUCGACAACAACGGAGGCCAUAUACCUGAAGCUGCGCACAUUGAGCUUCCAACAUACGGUGAAAGCACGGUAACUCCUGCCGAGGACCUCCAGUCCCCAUGCUCACAGUCUAUUUCGGCCGGUAGCACACACAAUGAGCAGGCACAUGCACGCAUAGCAACACCGAGACGCCCUGGACAAGGCACACAGAAGGGAACCAGAACGCGUAACGGCAGCCACACCACCGAAAUGAAUAAGAGACCGAAAAGACCUGUGAAGAAGAACACAAGUCUUGAGCGCAACCGCAUAUCAGCGUCAAAGUCUCGAAAGAGGAGCAAGGAGUGGGAACACAAGCUUGAAACCAAGAAGGAAGUUUUGGAGGCCAAGCACCGAACUCUCAGGGCUGAGUAUGGGAAUUUGUUGAGAGAAACACUGGAGUUGAAGAACGAUCUGAUCAGCCAUGCGAGAUGUCAUGACGACAAAGUUGAUGCCUGGAUCGGCAGCGAGGCCAAGAACUUCGCUCGAAGGCUGAGCGGCGCAGAUCGAGAGUCUAUUCGGGAGGGGGCAUAUUCUCCGAACGAUGACAAUAUACAAAAUGUCCUCUUGAGCCCUAACACGAGUUAA